GAGAUCUUGUUCAAUUAAUAAGUUGCGCACAUACUACUAUUUUCAAAAAAAAAAAAAAAAAAAAAAAAAAAGAAUAAUCGCGUUAUUUAAAAUUGUUUCCAUUUUUUUUUCAUAUCGAAAAAAAUGUUUACGUAUUUUCGGGAGUGAUUUUUGUUUUUAUUUUAUUGACAUGUUCCGGUAACAAGUGAAAAGGGAUUUUUUCCCCUCACUAUAGAUCGUAUUAUCGAUCAUGGGUGGUGCGCAAAGUAGUGGAACUCACAGUUUAGGCGACGCAUUAUGGGUUCACGAACGACAACGACAAAAAUGUCAUCGUGAAGGAAGUCAAUGCGAGAGUCAUGGAAGUCAAUCAUCGACUCAGGAACGUCGGAAGCUUUUAAAACGUACCCGAAGUUUGGCUGUUAUUUCCGAAGACGAAUCUCGCUACACUCGUGAGAUUCCUCAUUUUCGAAUUAACGAGCCUAAUUUCAACUUGACCCGGCGACCUCAAUUGAUCCCAAGGCCCAAAUUGAUUGAUCGUAAUUCACUCAAAUAUAGAUUGUCAAAGAGUCAGCAGCAAUUAUUUGAUUCAUAUGACAAAUUUACUGACACAAAAUCCAAUCAAUCAAAAUCGUCAUGCACACUCUAUUCACCACCACCAUUGACAUUACUUCCGGAUCCUUUGCCCUAUGUACGUGGCAAUAAAUCAGAAUCGGAUCGUCUCAAUAUUUUAGAUUGGCCCGAUUCAUCGAGAAAAUAUUGCAGUGUUCAGAAUUUAGAUACUGUAUCAGGAUUGGUGGAAAUUGUUGAGGAUAAUUGGCCAUUGGAGGAAAAUCGUAGUCUCGAUUGUAUUUACACGCAGGUAAAACGAAAACGAAAGGAACACCGUAGUCUCGACAGUAUUCUUUUCGAGGACGACGAUGAAUUACAAUAUUUCGACGUUCUCAAUCUUCUGCCACUUUCCAAUGUUUGUCUAGGAGAAUCAGCGCCAAAAAUUCCUAAUCGUUGUAAAGAACGUGACGAUUUUUUUGACGGUAUUUUAUCGAUUAGCGAUAAAGAAAGUACGAAAGAUUUUUUCUCCACCAGUGGCAAUAACGAGACUGAUGAGGAGAAAUCCAAAAAUCAAGAGGACGAGGGAAAUGAUUCAAGAAAGGGAUUUUGGAUAGAAUUGGUGAGUCCAUCGAAACAGGAGAGAAAAGACUUUUGGGAGAGGUUGGAUGAUCAGGAGCAAAAACGACAGGUGAGAAAAGAGGUGGAGAAAUUUCAAUCUUUAGAGAAACAGAAAGACGAGAUAGAGAAGAAAGAGGAGAAAAAAGUAGAAAUUAUUCAAGAAGAAAAAUAUUUAGAAGAAACAAAAAUAGAAAUUACAGAAACACAGGAGGAAGUUAAAGAUGAGAAACUAGAUCUUAAAACAGAAUUAUCAAUUUUCGAAGAAACUUUAAAAUCAAAAGAGGCAGAGGAGGUAAAAAUUUUUCAAGCUCGAAAUCCAUUUCCACGUUCAUCUAAUGUUAAAGAAUUGAGUAAAUCUUUAGCUGAUAAAUAUAAAGCAAAUGUGGCAAUAGUAACACCCUGUGAGGAGAAAUUUAAAGUUGAAGAAGUUGAAGACGUUCGAUCAAUUUGGAUAUCAGACGAGGAGGAAGAAAUGUCACGUAGACCCCAGGUGUUAAAAAUAAUUGACAAUGAUCUUACAAAACGUUGUAAUAAAAAUGAAAAUCCAUCAGAAUUAAUUGAAACUAAAAGUAUUGAGAGUGCAAGAAAUUUUUUCGAAAAGAAAAGUAAUGAGAAGGAGGGAUUUAAAAAUUCAUCUAUUGAAGGAAGAUUCGAAAGAAUUGUUAAGGAGACAACAAAUAUUUUUGAUAAAGCCUGUAAUGUUAUGAAAGGAACAUUAGGAUUUGAAGCACGUUCAGAGAGUUCUGAUCUUGGUCUAGGUUCGGAAAUUGAAAGCGAUAGGAGACGAUCAAUUGAUGAGAAUACAAAUGGAAAAUUAGAGAAAUUAGAGGAAAAAAAGGAUGAAUCUGAAAAGAAGAAGAAUUAUACAAAUUUAACAAGAUCGAGAAGUUGUGUUGAUUCAUUAGAAUGUCAAGAUGAACCGGAAUUUAAUCAUGUUCGUUAUAAAAUAGUAAAAUCGAAUCUAUUUGGAAAGAAUAUAUUUAGUACAUCAAAGGGUGAUGUUACAUAUGAGGGUCUAAUGGAUUAUCUUAGGGAAUAUUCAUUUCAGGAAUUAUUAUUGGACAAUAAUGUUGUUAUCAUUGAACCCGUGCGUGCGGAAGUUGAAAGGAAGCCGUCAAUGAAUGUUAAGAGUAAAAGUUUGCCAACUUGUCGAAUAUCGGGUGCUAUGGAAAAAAAGAGGGAAAUUACUGAUGAGAGAAAGAAUUUUAAUGAAAAAUCACAAACAUGUCCUAGACAAAGUUUAUUGAGGAAACAUUUUUUUUAUCAUCCAAUUCGUAUUAAUAAGGAAUUAAUUGAUGAUGAAUUGCCUAAUCCUGAUACAGUUAAGAAUGUGACACGAAUGUUUGAGGAGACAUUUAGGGCGAAAAAAAGUUUGGAGAGAGAUAAAAAUAGAAGUUUAAGUAUGAAGGAUCUUAGCGUUAAGGAAGAGGAGGGUGUUAAGAAUGAGGAUGGCGAAUUUUAUGAGAAGGUGCGGGAAAGUAGAUCUCGAAGUUCAAGUAGAGCAAAGGAUUUGACGCGGCAUUUUGAAAAUUUGAAAAAGAAGACAAAUUCUUUGGCAUCGGUGGUAGGUAAAGAUGAGCCAGAAUGUCCUCGUAGUGAAUCAAAAACAAGAAUUCUUGCACAAUCAUUUGAGGCUAGAAGUGGACAUACAUCACCAAGUGAUUCGAAUUCAUCGAAUAAAAAUCGUAUCACUCGAUUUAAUCAGCAUAAUCGUCAUCAUAAUUGGGAUGCUGGUAGUGUUAGCUCAGGUGUUUCUAGUGAUUAUCCGGAUACGGAUCCUGCUCCUUGUACCUCCUCCGAGGAUGAGGAAAUCGAUUGUCAGGACGAGGAGAUCGAAGACGAAAGUGGUCCAGGUCACUAUGUCUCACAGGAUGUUUUAAGAAAAAUUCGCGAAUGUGGAACAUCAGUUACAUAUUAUGGUGGUAAGGUCGUCAAUACUUAUAAUGGACCAAUUAUUUCGCCAAUGAAUAAUAAACACUUGAGGAGGAGAAAUCAAUUGCAGGACUAUGUCAAGUUCCGUUUAGUUAAGAGCAAUUCGUGUGAUAGUCGAUUGGAACUAACGGGAAAAGUUGUUGAAGAAAAGGUCAAGGUCGAUAAAAAUUCUGAUCUAAGACAAUGCACAAUAGCGGAAAUGCCAAGUAUUGAAUUAUCAUUGUCAAUGGAGAGGCAGGAGAUGAAAAAAAUGAUGGAGGAAGAGGAGAAGGAGAUAAAGAAGAAGAAGAUUAAAGAAUCAAAGAAAGAACCACCGGUGGUGAUUGGCUCAGAGCCAAAAAAAGAUGAGGGCAAAUGUUUAAGAGCCGAUUUUAAAUUGGGAAAAUUGGAUGAAUCAAAUUCACGAUUUAGUGCAUUGUCAAAAUGGCAAAUUAAUGAAAAUGGAUGGCGAAAAAAUACUGAAUUCGAUAAAAUGGAAUUUGAAGAAUUUGAAAUACUUGAAGAUAGUUUAAAUGGAAUUGACAAUGAAAGUUAAUAAUAAUAAUAAUAAUAAUAAUAAUAA